CCUAGCGUUUUAAUUCUUAUCUGCGCGAUACCCUGCGUAUUCGGCAGAUCUUGGUUUAUUCCUAAGCAACAUUACUAACAGUAAAAAGAGCGCCGCGGUGAAGAUGUCUCAUGUUCGGGGGAUGUAACGGAAAGAAGGGUGAAAGACCCAGACGACGGUCAUGUUACGGCCGCCGCCGCCGCCGCCGCCACUGCCAUUUUCAUCCCCGCCAACCCCUUAUCCUAUUGCAGGGUGCUAGGCCGAUAUUGUCGCGUCUGCGCGCGAUGAACAACGUAAGAGAGAGACAGUCAGGCUUAGACGCUUCUGUGACAGAGAUGUGCCGCUGUUGUCGGGACGUCGUGCGGCGUCGGGACGCGCGUUAACCCCUUGCCGACACCUCGGGAGAAACGCCUGGCCGAGGUGUUGAUGGCACUCCGGCGACGACAACGACUCGAAUGUUCAUUACGGAAGUUUUCACACCCCAACCAUGAACAGCUCACCGCAGAAUACAAAUAACGCCGGCACGGUGCAACGACGGACAACCGGUGUCGACAACAGCGACGAGGAGGAAUGGAGCGGCGUCGUUGAAUGUGCUAUUCUUGAGAGAACUAAAUCCGAUAGAGCUACACGUGCUGACGAGGACAGGCGCCGUCGUACGAUUAUCGUUGAGAAGAAGAAUGGCACGUACGGUUUCACAUUACAGAGCUAUGGAAUACAUUACAAAAGGGAACAGGAGAUAGAAAUGGUAACAUAUGUGGAUUAUGUAGAAUACGAUGGACCAGCAUUCAAAGCUGGUAUGCGAGAGGGUGAUAUAAUACUCUCUAUAAACGGCCAUGAAAUGGACAGAGCUGAUCACAAGACCCUGGUGAACUUUAUUCAGAACUGUGAUACCAGAAUGCGAAUGGUCGUAUCAUUUGAAGACUGCGUGAGAAAAGUGGAAUUGCACAUGCGUUACAUCGAGAUACAACGCGCUCUUCAGUCUCGCCUGGGCGAACUAGAAAGAUUAUGUGAGAGAGAACGAUCCAUUCUGAUGGGACGAUGGAAGACCCAUUCACUGCCAGCGCGAAAAAGAACGCCUAACAAUAUCACCAGCACUAACCCCAAUCAACCGUCGCCGUCUUCUAGCUUCAAUUCCUCUACAAUUCAAUGCUGUCGACCAGCAACCUCUAGCGAACAUCUUUUACUUUAUAACGUGUUUGCUGAUGGACGACCCUGUCUCAUUCCACGCAGUGCCGCUUGUCUUGUAACUGUCGGACCACCUCGGUCUCGCAGCGACCAUCAUCACUUCCUGUCUAAAAUGUCAAGCGACUCCACGGUAACCGCAAUCUCCUCGCGUCAUAGUUAUCAUCAAGCGAAUGGUAUGACUGGUACACCUGCAAAAAGCAAGUCUCACAAGCAAUCUACAAUCGUCGGCAAUCAGCCGCAACAGCAGCAAUCGACCGUUACUAAUGAAGGAUCAUCAUUACAUCCAACAUCUCAAAACAGUCUCUGUGUCGCUUGCAUCUCCAGCGCAAAUCGUCGCCGAGAACCGUCAGACAGCGGUAGUCUAGAUGCUUACGAUCUCGCCAGUCCUUGUUGCGAUCCAAACUGCGUGCCCAGUCGUCGACGACGCGAAAAACAACGGCGCGUUCGUAACGAACAGACUCUUCAUCAGCAGCAACAGCAUCACCAUAUUCAAGGACAACGAGACCAGCAGCAACAACAACAGCAGUCAAAUGCUCAUAAUUGUCCCCGCACAUCCGGCCAUAGUCUUCAUUCAAUUACCAGCAGCGACGUUUCGACGACAGCCGACAGUGUCGCUUCUUGCUCCACCAGCCUUAGCACCGAUACCCUAUACUGGGACCCAAGUGUGCACCAGCGACCACCGCCGUGCCUUCAAUACGCAAAGCCUAAAUCCUGGGAUAAUCUGACCACCAAGGCUUUUGGAGGCUAUGGCUUUGGUUACGGAUACCUGGACACCGCGACUAUCAAGACCCACAGUGCGGAACGUCCCGGCAAAGGGUCGCACGGCAAUAGCAGUGGCAGUGUCAGCGUCGCCGUUAGUGGUAGAUCAAAGACGCCGAUCGGCAUCAUACAGCGAAAGACUAGCGGCACCACCGCAUACUCAACAACGACGAGCUCAACAGUCAGCCGACACUUUCAGCCGUCAACCAAGUCGACGGAAAGCCUGCUGAUCCCGCCGGGGCUGUAUCAGAGCGAUCUGGAUCAGGCUAGUCUGAGCUGCGAAUGCCUUGAUGGCGGUGGCGUAUCCGCCUCGCGAUUUGUUCAGUUGGACAAACAUAAACGUUCGGACGAUGCAACGGGAUACAUCCCGUCAACUCACGCACAAGUCAGACAUCGACGGUCUAGUCAUUCCGAUGGCAAACUACGGGCUAUCAAUAACUCUGAAGUCACGCGAUUGUAAUAUUAUCAAAUACAUCGAGCUACGUGCUAAUAAAGCAUUAAGAUAAAAUGCCGUAUUUGUUUUUUAUUCGGUUAUAUCAAAAAGGAGAAAGAAAUAGAAAUAUAUUUGCGAUAAUAUAUCUCGAAUACGUCGUGGAUUCUUGAUUUGUAUGCGUAAACUACUUCCGCUCAUUCUUACAUUUUGAAAUUUUCGUAUCUUUAGAUCCAAAAAAAGUUAUGAAUGUUUAGCAUGCCAUCUCUUGGACAAAUUGUACUUUCCGCUAUAAAAAGAUUUGCGGGAUUAUAUUUGAAAUAUAUUAUUACUCGCUUUCACAUGUAACAAAAUGUAAUUGAUUUCUUCGGUUAGGUUAUCAAUUUCGGUAAUAUUUCAACGCACUCAAAAUUCAAAUUUUAAUUCAAUAAAUACUGUUAUUUUCAACAUAUUGAUUUAUAAUAAAACAUUCUAUAAA